GCUGGCCCCUAACAAAGAUGGCCACGAGCACUUCCUGUUUGGGGUUCUUGCCUCUAACAAAGAUGGCGGAUGCAUGACAGGUUACCCCAGAGCCGGGACUCAAGGGGUCGCUUGCUGAGGGCGUGGUGUCUGCAAGAUGGAGGCCCGAGAUAAGCAGGUUCUCCGCUCCCUUCGGCUGGAACUGGGUGCCGAAGUCCUCGUGGACGGACUUGUUCUUCAGUAUCUCUACCAGGAGGGGAUCUUGACAGAAAACCACGUUCAAGAAAUCAGAGCCCAACCCACAGGUCUCCGGAAGACCAUGAUGCUGCUGGAUAUCCUUCCCACACGGGGUCCCAAGGCCUUUGACACCUUCCUCGAUUCCCUGCAGGAAUUUCCCUGGGUGAGAGAGAAACUGGAGAAAUCCCGGGAGGAAGUCGUCCGAGAGAUGCCCACAGGUGACCAGGCAUCUCCGAUUCCUCCCCAUAUUCUGAAAAGCUCACCCUCUGAUCGGCAGAUUAACCAACUGGCCAGGAAGCUGGGCCCCGAGUGGGAGCCCGUCGUCCUGUCCCUGGGUCUGUCACAGGGGGAUAUCUACCGCUGCAAGGUCAACCACCCCUACAACGUGCAGUCGCAGAUUGUGGAGGCUUUUGUCCAAUGGAGACAGAAGAAUGGGAGCCAGGCGACCAUCCAGAGCUUACAGAAGGGCCUGGUGGCUGUAGACGUCGACCCUUCUGUGCUCCAGCACAUGUUAGAGUAAACUCCUUUGUCAUCACUUUCCAAGUUCCCCAAUGAAUCCAUUGUGCUGAGUCAUUAGACGUGUCUGCAAGGCAGGUGUCUUAAAGCAUUUCCUUAAUUAUCUGUAGAUGAAAUGGGAUGAGGGUCUCAACUUGACAGCUUACUUUUAAGACCAAACCUCUUAAGGGAGGUUAGCUGUUUACUGAAAUAUUCAUUUUUUUAAUUGCAUGAGGCAAUGAUUGAUUUUGGACUCAUUGAGAAAUCACUGGGGUUUUUUUUUAAUGCCAUAUUCUUGCAACAAACGUAGAUGCUUUCUCUUCCAGACAUACUCUUUAAAUUGACUGAGAAUGGAACUAUUAUCCUUUAUAAUCAUAACAUUACCAUUAAUAAGUGUUACUUUCAUCAAUAAAAAUUGACUUGCUAUAUAUAACAAGUCCUUCCCUAGAGGUCAUUGUUAAUUAUUAUUAUUAUUAUGCUGCUUAGACUGAAUAGGUUAGGAGUGCAAAAUCACCAUAGCUAAUGAGGCUUCAGGAGAGUCUGUGUGUUAUAGUAGAUAAAAUGAUGGCUUUGGAGUCAGGAAGACCUGGGUUCAAGUCCUGUGUGACCAUGGGCAAGUUACUAAAAUCUAUCAAUUUCUACAGGCAGUUCUCUAAGAUCAUAAAUUUCAGAGGAGGUACUAGCCUACCUCGGUUCCUACACACACACACACACACACACACACACACACACACACACACACACAAAUCACAGAUCUGGUAAAAAAAAAAACACAUUGCUUUUCAAGUGGAACAGAUAGCAUUUAUUCAAUCAAUAAACAUUUAUUAGAUGCCUA